GAAACUAGUGUCGCAUCCUCAUACCAGCUACGGCCAACAGCCGCCAUAGAACUGUCAGCAAUAACCUGAUAGUACGAUGACGCCAUGGUUUCGAGGCUGGCACGUGGAAAUAUAAGCAUCGGCCACUGCUAUACUAGAAGAGGAUUGUAGGAGAAAAGCUGCGCACUACAGCUCGGGUCACCGUUGUUCUCGGCGAUCCAUUGAAGCUUGUCCUGGCAAGCACAGGCUCUCGCUGUCGAUGGGUUUGCUGUAUAUAGCUGUAAAGAAGCCCCCCUUUCAUCUCGAGCUGGUAUUGCAUCAUUCUCGCAUUCGAUGAGACUAGCUUGAUGGAUGCUCGACAAUAGGCAGCAGUAAGGCCUUGGUUCAGUAGGUCGCUAGUUGAUCCAAUGUCACGGGGACGUGGUGCUGAGCGGCAAGGAUCUGCGACAACAAAAAUGCACUGGCCAAUGCUACGUCGCCUCCUGCUUCUUUCGCUUUGUGUGGUUCUUCUGUCGUGUUGUCUGGCUCAACAUGCAUGUGUCAGCGGAGAUCCCCUUGCUGAUUCUGGCAUCAGCGCAGCAAGGAAUGCGAUCCAGGCACAGCUCGACCGACUUAGCUUGGCUCUUCAGCAUGGACCCGAGUCCCUGUCACCGGGCAUGUUGGCCAGGGACCUCACCAUCAUGCCACCCCACACCGCCACGUGGAUCGUGAACUCCACUCAAGCUCGAGCCGAGCUGUCUGACUACCUGCAGCAUCGUGACCUGAGGAUUCGCUUCUCGGUCUCAGAUCUACUGGUUGGUGUGGCUAGUGUAGGAGAGCCUUUCCAUGAGACGAAUCACAAGAAAAGCCAGCGUAAGAAGCAGCACGUUGCAUUGUCGGUUCUUCAGUAUUCAGCAGCUUUCACGGAUUUCCAGGGACCAAGGAGAACCACAAACCUACAGGGGUCAGCCUUCGCCCUCUGGUUGAAUCUCCCAACGUGCAGGCGAGGUACCAGUACCUGCAAGAAUUCGCCUGAAGUAACUGCACCGUAUCACAGAAGUGCAGCGUUAGGUGAUCCAAAAGUCAAGCAUGCCUCAUGGCAGGUACUGCUGGGGGGCUGGACGGUCUAUGGCAGUGGUAAUGGUCAAUUCGACUCGUACAUCACGAGUGUAAGCGGUGCGAGCAGCAGCGUCGUCCAGCCCGCAGCCAGCGCCAGGUUGGUGGAGAUGGGCUUGUGGAGGGCGUCAGAGCCCAGUGAGGACGAGAUUCAGCUCAGCCUGACGCUGCUCGCAAACGCACUGACAUCUGGUGACAGUGCCGGUGCUGCCAGGCUCUUCUCCGCACAUGCAACCAUCAUGCCGCCUGAUCAUCCACAAAGGCAAUUCAAAUUCACGUUUGAGAUCCAAAAGUACCUGGAGCCAGUGGCGUUACUCCACCUUCAAAUCAGCUUCCACGUCGAAGAAGUUAUAGCGAUAUACACACCCAAGGGCACUACUGGCGGUGAAGCAGCCACGGAUGCAUUUAGUGACAGUGCUGCUCGUGUUUCCAAGGCCCUGGGCAGAGGUCAAUUCACAGCGAAAGACGCUUCAGGCCAAGAGAUGCAGAGUGGCAAGUUCAUCGCUCUCUGGGAGGUUGGCAGCAGGGGCAAGCCAGUGUGGGGUGAAACAUCUGGAACGGGUGAGGACGGGUGCAAGAAGACAUGGACUGCACGCUGGCAACUGCUGCAAGACUCCUCUAGCGGUGAUGCUGGACCAUAUGGCAGCCAGCAGGCACACUCGCCUCCACCCGACGCACGCAUAGCAUGGCUCAUGUGGAGCCGGAACGCUCCACCUCCUCCCCGUCCACUUUCUCCCCGCCCUCCACCACCUCCACCUCCUUCGCCACCACCUCCUUCGCCACCACCUCCUUCGCCACCACCUCCUUCGCCUCCACCUCCUUCGCCUCCACCUCCUUCGCCACCACCUUCUGAAAUGCCGCCACCGCCACCAUCCCCACCACCACCCACCCCACCAAUCCCCCAACCAUCAUCACCACACCCGCCAUCCCCACCACCAUCACCACCACCAUCAUCACCACCACCACCAUCACCACCAUCACCACCAUCACCAUCACCACCCUCAACAUCCCCACCACCAUCAGCACCACCCUCACCCUCACCAUCACCACCACCAUCACCACCACCAUCACCACCACCAUCACCACCACCAUCACCACCACCAUCACCACCAUCACCACCACCAUCACCACCACCAUCACCACCACCAUCACCACCACCAUCACCACCACCAUCACCACCACCAUCACCACCACCAUCACCACCACCAUCACCACCACCACUCAGAUCAGCACCGCGCUCACCUCCACUCCCCCCUUCGCCCCCAGCACCACCGCCCCCCUCUCCUCCCAGCAGCAGCGCCCUGCCAGUGCUGCUGGAGGCCCGGCAGCACGUGGUUCACCGGCACCGCCUGCACGGACUGGCCUCUCUGACCUCCACCCUCACUCGCCUGCUGCAGGCGCUGCCUCGCACCCCGCAGCGCCAGCUGCAGUGGAGGAGGAGCAAGACGUGACAUCCAGCCGCCAUGCGUCUGAGUAAUGCAAUGCCUAACGCCCUCCACGUGCAGGCAGGCAGGGCCUGCGUGCUUUGCCUUCCUGAUUGGUGUCGGUACAAAGCUAGUCUCCCUGUAGACAGUAGCUCAUGGUAGACGUUUAUGUCAACAUAUAUUUGUAUAUGUUACAGGCUAGAUAGGUGCAUGCUCAUAGAGGGUACAGCACCUUAGCGCAAAACCUCCCUGUAUGGCACAAUCUAGGUCA